GACCUCCGGCCUAGAAAGCUGGCCGACCUCCUUUGAUCCACUAUUCUCGGUUCGCCUAGAUCUGCAAAAAAUCAUAUAUUACCUUUCUCACUGCAUCUUCCUCCUUCACCCCUGACCCAUCCCCACUCUCAGCGAACGGAUCGUAUUGCUUGCGUCUCCACAUCCAUUGACCAUUGGUUAUUUACGUAAAUAUCCAGUUGCGCGGCUCCCUUUUACACCCCUCCGAUCGCUGUUUUCGAACGCCAUCCGCCCUUCGGCUUCCUUCGAUCCGUCCCCAAUCGCCGCCACCCUGUUUCUCUCUUUUUCUAACCAUUACAAAUAUUAAUAAAUAAUCUCCCAAUCUUCUUGGUUUCUCUUUGGGGGCUCAUCUGAUCUUAAGUCGAGUCGGGGAUCUGCGAGGAGCGGCCCCGGACUCGAUCGAUGGCGGCGGCGGGACGUCUCGGGACGGCGACGGUGGCUCUGCUCGCGGUGGCUGCCGCUCUCCUCGGCCUCUUGUCGGAGGGAUCCGCCGCCGCGACGAAGAAGGCCUUCGUCAAGAAAACCGUGGCCGCCCACGACAUCGUCAUCUUCUCCAAGUCCUACUGCCCGUACUGUAGAAGAGCAAAAUCUGUUUUCAAAGAAUUGGACAAAGUACCAUACGUCGUGGAGCUGGACCAGAGAGAGGAUGGGCCGGAUAUUCAAGAUGCCUUGUCUAAGAUUGUUGGGAGGCGCACGGUCCCUCAAGUUUUUAUACAUGGAAAGCACAUUGGUGGCUCCGAUGAUACCGUUGAAGCAUAUGAAAGUGGCAGACUGGCUGAACUUCUGGGUAUCAACUCAAAAGAUGAUCUUUAAAUGGUGGUGCAUGACUAAUUCCCCAGGCACUGGGGAUAUGGAUGCAUUCUUUCUCAUUUAAGCUAGGUAUUUCUUGAUAAAGACGUGUGGUGCUCCACAGAUUUUAAGUUUGUUGGGCCUAGGAUGCUAUAAAGUUUGGAGGUCUAUUGAGUUAUUUGCUACAACUUAUAUUCUGUAGUCAUUUUGGUAAGAGACUAAGAACAGCAAUUUCUUGGUAAGAUCAUGCUUAUCUCCUAUCAUUAAGCUCGAGAAUGGAGUCUUCUAUCCUUUGGGACAUUAUAA